AUGUCCCACUUGCGGCUUCCCGUGGGACUCGGCAGUGCGACAUUGCUACCGGAUGCGCAAUGCCUUAUUCUGGCAAGCAUAUGCCUCUGUCGAAAAGUGUGCCGCCGGGGUAGUCAAGAUGCGACUCCUGCGUUUCCUCAUUCCGCUCUUUGCGAGACCCAUGCAAUGACAGAACAACACAAUACGAAAUCUCCUUCUUCGACCCUCGAUGACAAGUCAUGCAAAGCUCCAUCCACACGCCGCAGGUCAAGACGCAGGGAAGACAACUCUGAACCUAGCUUCUCAUUCAUCCAUUUCACAGGCGAGGCAUCCUUCAGACCGGGACGAGCCCAGAAGGCCGUACGCGCGCAAGCAGCGAGGGCUAGCUCAGAUCGCAGACUGGCCACGAUCGAGAGGAGACGAGAGGCAACGCGUGCGAAUUCGGCAGACUCACGCGCGUUACUCAAGACUGCAUCUGAUGGAGUCCACGACAAUCAGCUCUCGCCAUUAUCCCAGAACUCGCUCUCACCGUUGACAAGGGCGAGAUCGGCUCCUCCCACGCUUCCACGAGAUGGACUACCUAGUGGAUUGGCUGCACGGGGCUCACUAACUAUCGCGGAUGACUGGACCUGUGAUCUUAGCGGUAUCGUGCAACAUAAGCUGUUAGCCACAACAUCCUCCGAUCAUCAGCAACGCCCGGCCAUGUCACGGGCUAUCAUAGUCCUCCUUCGACACAAGCUUAUCGUUGCUGUUCAAGCCAUCAUACAGGCGGAUGUUGAGGCUAAGAAAGUAUUGGCUUCAGUGGUCGCAUUGUUGGCCGGAUGGGAAGCGGUGAGUGAGUACAUUCUAAGGGUCGAUGGUGUGGCUGAUGGAUAA